AUGUCAAGCGGGGCCGAGGAGAUUGCGUCUGACGACGGAGAGGCCGUCGUCAAUGGGGACUCGGACUCGAGCCAGACCAGCUUGGACUCAUUGCUGGGCCUCUAUCAGGCCUACGGCGACGGAAUGGAGUCGGCUGAGAUUCUGGAGUGCCGAAGCCGACAAAACAGUGUGACGAGACCGACUGGAGGCGAGUGGAUGUUGCGAAGACGAUUCAACAUCAUCUCGCCAGUUGCUGGGCGAACGAACUCGGGCGAGACGGAGGAUAGUGAAGGAGAUUCGGAGGAGGAGAAAGAGAAGAAGAAGGAAGAAGAGCAAGAGACGGAAGAGGAAGGGAAGAGCCUAGUUCCGAUGUCUCAGAGCGAGACGACCGUCGAGUCGACCAACAUAGGCCGGUACCGCCGCGACAAGGUCGACCGGUACCAGGAGUUGGCAGACGUCUGGCGUCUGCGUUACCGAAAGGCCUGCGAAACACGCGAAGAGCGAAUCCGGCGGCCCGUCGUGGACCGACUCGAGGAGGCGUGUCGAACUGGCGUCUUCAGUCUCGCCUAUUCGCAGAUCGGACCACGCCCAUUCAGGCCACUGGCAGACGUCCUCACGGUGAGUCAAACCGCGAAAUGGUGCUCUUGCAGACACUGGUCCCCCACGCCCAAGUCUGUGCACAAACACACACAAACGCAAGCACAAAAGACGCAAAUCAUGGGGUUAGUUGGGGCGGGGUUAAGGGGCGGUACCGGAGUGAGGAGUGAUGUGGACAAAGCUUUCAUUUCGUGGGAAACGGCGGGUAAAAGGUUUUCGUAA